AUGCCAUCCGAUCCAGGUAAACCACCUGCGCCCAAAAAGGCAAUGAACCGGUGGCCGUGUACACCCACCCUAACCAUAUCUGAUAACGUGAAGAUAUUAUGGCGGGUGAUGGCCUCUAGCGAUUCCGUAACAGACGUUGAGAAAGGGGCAGUGACAACUCCAGGCCCAGCACUUCCACUAGAGUCUGGAGCGGCUGUGAAGAAACACGACCCCACACUCAAUGUGCAUGACGAAAUCACACCUAAGAACAAAUUCCUGGCAUGGUUGUACCAAAUUGAGAUACUCCUCGGCUUUGAGGCUCGAGGUAUACACCGUGUGAAAGAGCAGGACCAAACCGAGAAAACCACGCUCAAUUUCUGGCAGAUUGUCAUGAUGUGGUUUUCCAUUAACGCGGCCGCCCAGAACAUUACCCUUGGUAGUAUUGGGCAAAGUGUAUUUGAGCUCGGAUUCGUUGAUGCAGUAUGCUGUAGUGUCUUUGGUGGCAUUCUUGGGACCAUCCCAGUGGCUUAUACAGCCGGUUGGGGCCCUUGGAGUGGAAAUCGCACUUUAAUCGUAGCUCGAUUUUCUAUGGGAUGGUGGCCUGUGAAAAUAUGUGUUCUGCUUAACUUGGUGAUUCUUAUCGGUUAUUCUAUGAUAGGGGCGGUUAUUGCUGGCCAAAUCCUUUCAGCAGUCUCAUCAAAUGGAAGUCUGUCGGUUGAGGUGGGUAUUGUAAUAACAGCAAUUUUGACAUUUGUUGUCACGACCUUCGGCAUUAAGAUAUUCCAUCACUUUGAAAGAUGGGUAUGGGUUUUCUCAUCCGUAAUUCUGCUUAUUCUGUUGGGGACUACCGCACGCCAUUAUGAUACAACGACGCCUUCUGUAGCAACCGGCCGGACACUGAUCGGAAACCGAAUCUCAUUCUUUUCGGUUUGUCUCUCUGCUGCAAUCACCUACUCGCCAGGUGCUGCUGACUUCCUCGUGUACUGCAAUCCGCAGUCUGCUACGCGCUGGAAAGUGGCUGGUGCAACCAUGCUCGGGCUGACACUUUCCUUCUCGCUGACAUUCAUACUCGGUGCAGGAUUAGCAUCCGGUAUUGCCACUCAACCGAGCUGGGAAGCUGCUGGCGCUGGAUCUGGCGCUCUUAUAGUUGCCGGAUACUCCUCCUUAGGUGGCUUUGGGAAAUUCUGUUCGGUUCUGGCAGCUCUCGGUUUGAUAUCCAACAUGGUACCUCCAACUUACUCGUCCGGUAUCGACUUCCAGAUUCUCGGGAGAUAUACAGCUAUCGUUCCAAGAUUCCUAUGGAACACUCUUGCCGUAAUCAUUUUUACCGUUUGCGCAUUGGUAGGCAAGGACAGUCUCUCCGAGAUAUUUACGAAUUUCCUGGCUUUGAUGGGAUAUUGCAAGUUUCCAUUUACCGCCAUAAGAAUUCCACUAACGUCACUAGGGGUUGUACUUUGGAUCGUCAUCACUCUAGAAGAAGAAUUCGUUUUCCGUAGGCGCUCUGACCCGAAGUUUGUUUGGUCUGACUGGAAUGUUCCUUCCCGUCUUCCACUUGGACUUGCUGCUACUGCAGCGUUCUGUGUCGGUUGGAUAGGUGCUAUACUAUGUAUGGCACAAGUAUAUUAUGUCGGUCCUUUGGCGAAGACCGUUGGCGAUUUUGGAGCUGAUAUGGGGAAUUAUGUUGGGUUUGCUUGGGCAGGCUUGGUUUACGCACCGUUGAGAUGGUUGGAGUUGAGACAUUUCGGGCGAUGA